AUGCGAAAUCAAAUUUUAGUCGCCCAAAUAAUACGAAAUUCUGCAUUUCCUGGCGCUGAUUGCAUUGAACCAUGCAUAGAAGAAAUGCAAUUGGUGAUGAAUAAUAUGCCGUUCAAUAAAAUUAAUCAGUAUGGCCAACUGUCAUUUCCACAGUUACUUCAGACAACGGAAAAUCGUCGAAUGACAGAAAAUUUAUUUAAACGAAUUUGCAGUGCAUAUGAGAACGUUGAUCGAUGUUUGCAAGAAUGCCAACGAAUGUCGGAAUAUAGCGCAAAAAUAAGACAAACUUACGCCGGAUUGAAAUAUAUAUGUGUUGAACAAAAGAAUGAAUUCUUCAGUGCACUGCCUUGCCUGGCCAAAUAUGAAGCGACUGCGAUGUCGAAAUGCAAGCAAGAAAUAAAUGAGUCGCUAGUUGGAAGUAAUUUGUUUAGUGAAGCAGUUGCAAAUCGAGAACACCAUACUAUUCCUACGAGAUUUACCACUCUUUGUAGAGGUUUAUCACAAAUGAUCCAAUGCAUUGAACCAAUAACCCGAACCGCUUGCGGUGACGAUGCUGCUCAUAUGAUGCUCAAAUUUAUUACCGUUGGAUUUGCCAGCUUUGAACAACUAUACAGUCAACUCGGAACAAGUGAUCAACUUCCCUCUUCUUGUAGACAAUUAUUAAUGCUAACGACAGAACGCAAAGGUAGUGAAAGACGUGCAGCUGUUCCAGCGGAAUCUGCCUGGAAUAUUUCAACAAAAAGCUUCCUUGAUCCAUACAUCAUUGCACCACUUAUAUUUCACUUAAUAAAACAAGAUUUUUGGUAUUUAAGAAAUAAAUUAGGCUUAGUUUUAUGA